UUAUUUACAACAAAAUGGCGAGGGUGUAGCAUUAAGGGUUUUCUUUACUUAUUUUCCAUAAUCCAGUCUCGUUACCGGUUAUUUGUUUCAACAAAAACUGAAUAAAUAGCGAACUGUUCAAAGUCCUACAACCUGUUGUAACUUGUGAGAGUAAACGGGGUCGAAGUUCAGCGCAGCGCGUUGUUGGGCUCAACCUUUCACUCACAUGAAUUAUGCUUUGUCACUUAUACACAGCUCUUACUGUUACAUCCACCUAGGGGUAAGAGCUGUUGUCGUGCUUUUGCAUGGACUCCGAAGUAUGACCGUGGACACAUUUGAUCGGAUGCUUUUAUUGAACUGUAAGGAGGAGAUCGAGUGGAAUAAAGCCUAAAUGUCCUUUGGUCGAGAAAGUUAACGCGUAAAUAACUGUCGAUUAUGGAUGCAGCAAAGAAGCAGAAAGUGAUUUACAUCACUUACCUCAUCGUAAUUCUGGACAUCACCUGGCUCUUCCUCCAGUUCUCCAUAACACCGUAUUUGGCAAGGAGGCUUGGGUUCGACACAAUUUGGUUCGGGUAUCUGCAGACCACAGUUGGAGUUAUUCAGCUGAUUGGAGGCCCUAUUUAUGGAAGGUUUGCGGAUGUGUUUGGAGCACGUGCAGCCCUGUCUGUGUCCUGCUUGGCAUCUGUGGUUUAUUUCUCAAUGCUGGCAGUGGCUGACAGCACGUUUAUGCUUUUCAUACACAAAUUGCCUGCUGUGUUCAUGCAUGUACUGCCAGGAUGUCAAAUGGUGGUAGCAGAUCUGUCAGCGAGUGAGAAGCGGGCAGAUGCUCUUGGAAAACUCGGUCUCUGUUUUGGCAUUGGCAUGAUCACAGGAUCAUCAUUGGGUGGAACUCUCAGCACUCGGUUUGGGGAAACGUUUGCAGCAUCUUUUGCAGCUGUAGGGAGUUUUGUAUCUUUCCUGUUGGUGUGGAACUUCAUCCCUAAACAGACCAAAGUACACACUACGCCAGAGAGUGAAAAGAAGGAACCAUCUAAAUCUGUGUUUAAUCUGGGGGAGAUUACUAGAUUGAUGAAAUUUCCAGGUGUUGCCAAAACAUUUACAGUGAAGAUUAUUUCUGGAUUACCAACAGGUAUAUUUCAAGUUAUGUUCUCCAUCAUUGCUAUAAACUUCUUCCAACUGCAGGCAGAACAGAAUGGAUAUUUGAUGGCAUAUUUUGGGAUUGUAAAUAUGGUAAUUCAAGGUGCUGUAAUUGGGCGUCUAACAUCUAGAUUUCCAGAAUAUUCUUUAUUGCUCUUCUCUAUUGGGUUGUCCAGUCUGGUUGGACUUGCACAGGCUAUGAUGACCAUCGUGUUUCAGUUUUGUUUCAUUGUGAUUCCAAUGAUGUUCUCUCUCAGUAUCUUCAAUGUCAUCACAGAUAGCAUGUUGACUAAGAGCGUCUCUCCAUCUGACACAGGAACCAUGCUGGGUCUGUGUGCGUCGGUUCAGUCUCUUUUGCGAACGGUGGGCCCGACUAUUGGAGGAUUUCUUUAUGAGACAUAUGGGGUUCCAUCCUUUGGACUCAUUCAGUUUGCCACCAAUGCUGCUGUCUUCAGCCUUCUGCUUGCCACUGGAGGGCGCUCACAGCCCCAUAGACCAUGACACAGUUAUUUAUGUUGUGUGAGGUGGCAAUUUAAAUAGGCAUUUUAUUUGCCUUCUUACUUACUGCAUCAUAAGUGAAUCACAAAUAGGCCAGCUACUCUCAGUUGUGUGAAUACCAUAGAUUUGUCAAAUAUCUUGUGUUACUGUCAAAUAAAAUGUAUACAAAUGAUGCAUUGAUUUUUUUCUUAUUUCAGUAUUUUUGUAAUGAAGUUUAUACAUUAAGAGAUAUUAUGUGGCAUAGUCCUUUUUUGUCUGUAAGCCAACAAGUUGUGCAAUAAUAUUAUAAGGGUGCUGUAUUUGCAGUAGAAUACACAUCUGUAAAAUGACAAAAAAUGUUAAUUAUUCAUGUUUGUAGUGUAUUAUCAUUAUGCAAAAUGCAUAAUCACCUUGAGUUACAUUGUAUCCGAAUGAAAGAAUUUUCAAUAAAAUCUUUAUUUCAA